AUGAUUUCUGCUAAAAAACACUGUGAUGUUCAACUUGGGAAGAACUUCACGAAAGGAAAGCAAGCGACAGUUUUGAAUCUGAACCGCGAGGAACUCCCCAAAUGGACACCUCUCAGCAAGGACCGUUCCAAGAAGCAGGAGCCUCCCAAACCGGAGGAUCUCAACGAAAAGUUUCUCAACAAACCUACGCUCGUUUGCUCUUUCACAAACAAAGAGAACCACACAGAUUAUGUAUUUUCUUGUGGUCCUCUCCUUCUGAUUUGCGAUGGGGUGGCGGUUGAUUUGAUAGUCAAGAGACGUUUCAAAAUGGAGUUCGAUGUAAAAAAGGUAUUCUACCACACUUUCACGGUUUCGAGGAAUGCCGAAAAGCUGACAACUGCGCCGGAUCACGGAUUGGGACCCAAACAAAGAGAUUAUUUGGUUGUCUGUGGAGAGCACAAAUUGCAAUUCAUUUCACUACCUGAUUAUCAUUUCUACUACUAUGAAAUUCCAUUCAAAGUGCGGAACGUUUUUCCCUGUGCUACCAGCCUUCUCGUUGAACGCUUCUAUGAUUCUUCUACUGAGCAAAAUUUUCACAGUCAUGAUACAUUUCACCUGUACUCACUGUCAGGCCCGUUUGGAGAGCUGCUGCCAGUGAUUUACAAAACCAACAGCUUCCAUCCACAAUGGAAGUUUUGCUGGCAGUCGCAUCAAGACGAGGGUGGAAUCGUAGAUGCCGAUAGAAACUUUGUGGUAGUAUACGAUCAGAAAGAAAAGGUGCAUCGUAUCUAUAUGGCUAGAGAAACAGAAGAACAAGAAGUGCAUGCGGCGAUUCGAUACGUGGAAACUUUGCGGAAGCAGCACGAUUCAACGAUGUUCGCUUCAAGCUUGGCACCUCAUUCCGCUGGAAGAACUACCCAUUUUGAUCCCACUCUCAGAUCGCCUGCUAUGGCAGCUCUUUCUGACGUUAUCAGCUCUGAUAUCGAUGGGAGAUCCCCAAUGACUUCUCAAAUUCGCUCCAGUUUCGGACACUCGACUCCAAACAACCCGGGCGCCGGUGGAUUCCCUGGAAAUCUCCCAACUCCGAUUUAUGAUGGAAAUAACGAUGGUCAUACAUGGGGACACACUCCGAAUACACCAAGAGUCAAUACAAGAGGAGGACUGGAACGAAAUAUACAUACACGAACACUUGCUCGAAUGGUCAUUGACGAUGCACCUGGUACCAGUUCUUCUCCUACCUAUGCUAGACUUCAAACAACUGCUUCUCCAUUCCACCGAACUCAUCUCAGCCAAUUGUGCCGACGAGGAGAUAGUAAUGCCGAACUACUCAAAGACUUCACCAGAAUGAUUCGAGACACACCACGAAACUUCACCAAAAACACACAACAUCCAGAGAACGAUGUAGAUUUUGGAGAUUUGGAGCGAGAUCCUGACGUUGAUCUACUUCUUUCAAAACUGUGUCUGGAGUGUGUAUACGUUGAGCCGAAACAAGGUGCAAUGGAGAAGGCGAACAAAGUGUUUGUAUCCACUUUUCUUUCUGACAUGUAUCUCAAUUUGGUGUCUGCUGCUGGAGCAACUAUGACGGUCAUUCCGGUUUGGAAAAAUGCGACAACAACUCGGAAUAAUUUGACCACCAAAAAGUAUGAGCCGGUUACUGUAGAUUGUAUCGAGGCGACAUAUGUGUUGAAAAGUGGAGUCACUAUUGUGCUUGGCCCCGAAUUCACCACUACAAUGUAUGGAGGAAGUGAGAAGAUUGCGCCAAUAUUCAUUGACGAGAUCAGCAACACUCGGAAUAGUUUGGAUUUCCGAUUCCAUCCGUUUUCAGCCAACAGAAUUAUGUUGGUGAAUCAUAUGAGAUGUAUUGUAUUGAAAAUUCCGGAAACUGUCACGUGCCUCUCGGCAAAUGUGUUCAUGAAAACUUGUUUUGUGCAUCUAGAUCGCGAAUUCGCUCAAAAAGUUCUUCGGAAAUGGAAAGCAGUCAAGCGUGAUGUGGAUGUUAAUAAAACGGAUUUCGAGCAUCAAGAAUUAGUAGGAGUUGUGGUGUUCAUGUUGGAACAAGUUGGAGUUCGAGUGUCCAAAAUGACCGAUCAGCCACGGCCAGAUACUCCCGAAGGCCACGGAGGCAAACAAAUGAGACCACGGAUGUCCCAGGCGGAAGUUAUUGAAAUGAUGAGAACCUACUUUGAAGAUAUGACAUUUGCAUCGAGAAGUGAGCUACAAAAGGAGUCAGAUAAUGUAGUCCGAUGUCGUUUCACCGUCGAACUUGAUUCAACCGAAGAGGGAAGGAAACAUGCACGAAGUCUUCUGGAUGCUGUUCACUCUCAAUGCGAAGACUGGGCAGCUCAAACCCUGAUGCAUACGGUUAUGAUGGAACUGGUGCCAUACGCAUUCAUUCUAUCGAAAGUCUUAAACUUCCAUGCAUACGAAGCAUACUAUGCGGAAUUGUAUCGUACUUUGUUGACUCGUGUUAGUGUUGAAUACCAAAUUUCUGACGAAGUUCAUCAGAAGUUUUUGGAAACAGUGACGCCUCCUGCUCCAUGCUGGUCACUCAACGAACUUGUUGCUCGUGUGAUUUUUGAGAGGGCCACUUCCGAAAAUCUAGGAACCCUUCCAAGCGCUCUUUCUAAAGAAAGUUUGCAAUUGUUGACAGUAAUCGCAACAUCGAGAAACUUUAUUGAAACUGAUGCGGAUUGUAAGCGAUGGAUCGGGAACAACUGGAAACUUCGUCUUGGAUUGUGCAAUGAUUCUUCGAAGGCGUUUUGGAAAAUCCAAAAGGACUUCCGAUCCAAUGCUCCUGGACGAGCGAAUCAAAUCAUGACUCUGUUUAGACUCGAUCGUACUGUUAUGGAGUACAUGGUGCCUGGAAUCAAGGUCAUCCUAUUAAAAAUUCAAACAGAUGCCUAUGCAGGCGCUACUUCAAUCAAGCCGAAGAAGUGUAUCUAUGCAACACCUGAGGAACAGAGUAGCAUUGCCCAACUGCGUUGGAAAAAUGACAUUCGGAGGAACAAUGUGCACUUGAUGCUCAGCUCAAGCCGUCCUAUUCUGAUUGCCACGAAUAUUCUUCGAAGAAACGACGACGACAAUAUGAAAGAAAUGCAAGACCGCUUCCUGUCUCAAACAUCCUAUCGCACCUUCUCACAACCAUUUGGACGAGCUUUCUUCGAGUUCCGAACAUCAGUACCAUCUCUUCUCACCGGUAUUUAUAUUCCGCGUCUUUGUCUUGGAGGCAUGGUGUAUCCAUCAAGAGUUUCAUGUGAUCCACCAUCAACGGAUCAGUUCAAAAUGCACACCGAGUGGGGAAACUUCUACAACGCGCUUUCUUCAGCUCUAAGAAUCGGUGGGAGUGAUACUGUUAAGAUCGACAACGAAUGGAUUGUCAUGGUCUCCAAGAAUAUUAAAUCAACGGCAGUUGUUGGUGGACUAGUUCUAGGAUUCGGUCUCAACGGACACUUGGCUCCAUUCAAUAUGUAUCAUGCCCAUCAGAUGCUCUCCACUUUUGAUAAGUUCCAUUCGGUUGGGCUGCUUCUUGGACUGUCCGCUUCGAAUAUUACAACUUGCGACAAUCAAAUUCACAAAAUUCUUGCCACGUAUCUCGGCUUCCUGAUGGGUCCGACUCCACUGGAAAUCAGACUUGAUUACACUAUUCAAACAUCUGCAAUAUCUGGUCUAGGCCUCUUAUUUGCGGAUUCUGGAAAUAUGAACAUAGCGAAAAAAUUGAUCAACGAAAUUGGAAAAGCAGCAACGAAAGACGAGGAACCAGUGACGGAUAGAUCUGCAUACAAAUUGAGUGCUGGAUUUUCAUUAGGAUUGAUCAUGCUCGGUAAAGGCAAUGGAUCAGCUACAAGUGUGAUUCCUUUCAAGCAGAAUAUUCCUCCAUUGUCUCAAAGAUUGAUCUACAUGAUGAAUGGAAUGAGAAGAGACAUGUGCGUCUUCCUUCCACAAACAAUCACUAUUGUGGUAAAUGACACUCCCAAUUUGCCAUUUUCCAAUGGAGGAUUAAUGUCAACAAGUCAAAUGGCCAAUCAUGUUAAAGAGAACGAUAACAUCAAUAUUCAUCAGUCCGCAGAGCCAGCAGCUUUAGCUCUAGGAAUGAUGUUUAUGAAAACUAAUAACAAGUACAUAGCUUCACAACUGGCUCUCCCAAACACAAUCACCGAUAUUGAACGGAUAAAGCCUGAUUCAAUGUACGCUCGUGUUCUAGCCUAUUGUCUGAUUAUGUGGGAUAGAAUCGAACCAACAAAGAAAUUUGUUAAAAGUCUGAUUCCGCAAGUUAUCGGGAAAUAUGCUGUUAAUGCUCUUCAUUUCGGAAUACCAAUACAGAAAGACGAUGAUGGUGAAGAUAUUCAAGAGCCGACGGAUCUAAGAGAAGAGCAAUACUGGCGGAAUCAGGUCGACACGAGUACCGUUUCGCAAACCUAUCUGUAUACAGUAUCUGCUGCUUGCAUGGCUAUUGCUUUAAAAUAUUCGUCGUGCGGUGGCCCUGAAGAGGAUAGUCUCGCUACAGAAGCAUUCAAAGUUAUUGAAUUCUACACUAAAGUCGUUCUGCCGGAAGGUCAAUCCAGAAAAGAUACAGGAAGCAUGAGAAUGUGUAACUACGCUGGACAGUAUACCCGGUCGAGUGUGUUUGCGAUGUUGGUUACUGCGAUGUCUAUACUUCGUGUGGGAACUGGAGACGUUGAAGCGAUGCGAUACGCAAGACUUCUACGUGUUUGUGACAGACCAGAUAGCUCUGAUUGGAUGGCCACCGGAAAGAAACACUUCGAGCAAAUGGUUGCUCAUCAAGCACUAGGAAUUUUAAUGAUGGGAGAGGGAAGGUACGCGUUCAAGAAGGAUAACCUCUCCAUCGCACUGACUAUCAUUUCUACCUAUCCAGCUAUUCCACAGACUGUUUCGGACAAUUCACAUUAUCAUCAGCCUCUUCGUUUUCUCUGGAGUAUGGCAGUAGAGCCAAGAUUGGUUGUUCCAUAUGAUGUUUCAGAAAGUUGUGUCGUUGAGGUGGAUGUUUUGAUAGUCAUGAAGCCAAGGAAAGAAGGUGAAGAUCCGAUUGCUUACAAACAAAAAGCACCGUCACUUCUACCACCUCUCGAAGAUCUUCUAUCGAUUUCUGUCGGUGGUGGUAACUAUGAAUUGGUGCAUAUCAAUUUGCGAACAGAAGAAGAGCUGAAAGUGGUGAAAGAUGUGAUGUCUGUGGGACAAGGACGUAUCAUGCUAAAAAGAUAUAGCGUUGAUUCGCCUGAUAUGCAAAUCAAAGAAUCAGCGGAGUUGUACGAAAAAACAUUCAAUGUGCUCGACCUACUUCAAAGAGAGGACACUGCCCUUGAACUUGAUGAAGAUGAGAUUAUGAAGACUAUUGAGAAAAUGGAACAGGAGCUCAGUUUGAAUAGCAGUGAUGAUUAUCCAAACGUCCAGGUUCAAUUGAAUUCUGUUCGAGAUGUUACUCGGAGGACACCAACUGAGCUGGCCGAGAUGCAGAAGAGAGCAUUACAUUUGUUGGGUGGAUCCCUCGAUCUCUGGCGAGACGAAGUCAACGUCUCCAAUUCAAUUCACAGGUUGGCUGAAAGUUUUCAGACCAUGCAAAUUUAA